CCUGGUAGCAGUAGGGCGAGUGCCGCGGGGGACCGAGCAUCUGGCCUUUGGUAUUAUUGCCAGAGGCCUCACCCUCUUCAUGAAUAUGAAAACAUAGGGCGGAGCGACCGGGCCCGGAAGUGGCGCGGCUGAGUCACUUCGGCGGCGAGGAUGAGGUAGAACUUGUGGUAGGUGGUGUCGUCGUUGUCGUCUUUCGGCGCUUGAGGAGUUUCACUGCGUUUGCUCUUCUUUCUUCCUGCCUUGCCUCCACCAUCAUGAUGGAGGAGAUAGACCGGUUCCAGGUGCCUGCCGUUCAAGCCGAGAUGCAGCUGCUGGUCGAGUCCCUUGAUUAGAAGUCCUUUCAUUCAUCAGUUUUGACGACUUGAGGUGGUAGGUACUUGAGAAGUCUCCGCUUUUCCAUAUACAGUGCACGUAGCAGAAGAAACAGACAGAAACAUGGACCUAGCCUCCAAGUUUACAACUGAGAAGGAUCCAACAGCUGCAUCUAUUUUGGACAGAGAUUGUGAUACGAGAGAGGGAGAGACUGUAGCCAUGAACUAUAAGCCGUCCCCACUUCAAGUGAAAUUAGAGAAGCAGAGGGAGUUGGCUCAGAAGGGCUCCCUGAAGAAUGGCAACAUGGGAAGCCCAGUUAAUCAGCAGCCCAAGAAGAACAACAUGAUGGCACGAACAAGGCUCGUCGUUCCCAAUAAGGGCUAUUCAUCAUUAGAUCAGAGUCCAGAUGAAAAACCACUGGUAGCCCUGGAUACGGACAGUGAUGAUGACUUUGACAUGUCCAGAUAUUCCUCCUCGGGAUACUCAUCAGCUGAGCAGAUCAACCAAGACUUGAACAUCCAGCUGCUAAAGGAUGGGUACCGGUUAGAUGAGAUCCCAGAUGAUGAGGACCUCGACCUAAUCCCCCCUAAAUCGGUCAACCCUACCUGCAUGUGUUGCCAAGCCACCUCCUCCACUGCCUGUCACAUCCAGUAGUGAGGCCAGCAGGCUGUGAUCAGUGCUUUCCACUAUAACUGUAAAACUUAACAGCCAUUGCUUCCUCCUAUGGUAGGACGUGCACCUCUUUGUGUUCAUGGAGCCAGGAGAAGCCAAAAAGUUCAUUUUAUGAUUGGUUAAUAAGUUAUUUUAAACUAUGGUUAAACAAAAGAGAAGUUGCUCAUAGUGCCAGACAGUGCCUGGCAGAACUGACUGGUCUGGAGAGCAAACGCGGGAGGGUCCAGAGAUGCCUCCUUGGUUUGUGUCGGCACUGGAGAUGGUUUUUUUGUAAGGUGUAUGUUCCAGAAUGGGAAGGGUUAGAUGGGGCUGCAGUUACUUCUAUCCACCGAAACCAAUCCAUCUAUAAGAUCAGGAGUGAGUCUGAGGUGUCAGAGGGUUUUACCUGUGGGAGGAGGUCAGUUCUUAAUUCAUUCAUUAAACCUAAUUCAUUUGCAGAACCAAAAUUAUCCCAUAACCAGGGCACAGGAAUGGGAAUGGAGCAGGGCAUCUUUCUUAUGGCAAGGCUAGCCAGAACUAGCAUGACACAAUUCAUUCACUUGUGAAGAGGAUAAAUAAGUGGCAUUUCACCGUGAGUCAGUACUAGCUAAAACUGUUGUGUCAUAUAUCCAAUGAAAUCUAUCCUUAGUUCCACAUUAAAUGAUCACCAAACACAUCAGAUUCAAUCUGCAAUCCAUCCAUGCUCUUCAGGGAUUCAGUCCUUGCCUAAGAAUACCAUACUUCUGAGUUCAGUCCAGUCACGUAUACUGACUUCAGCCUAUACUUCAUUCAUCUUCUACUUCCAAAAAUCUUAAAAUUUGUUCAGCUAAGAAAAAAUGAGUCCUGCAAAAGACAUGACUAGAACUGUGCAGUCUGAAGGUCAGUGCCAGAAAAGCUAGUUGCAGAAAACACAUUUUUACAGAGCUUGGCUUUUAAUAUUCUCUUAAUACUGCAUCUCUUGGUGCCUGUGGGAGAGAUUUGUUAAUGCUGAAGGCAUCUCUGUGAUGGUGUCAGACUUUAGGGGGAGGUUCAGCAACAGCAGGAUUAUGAACAGCUUCAGCUGAAAAAAACCCAUGAGAGGAAAUUACUGUUUAUCCCAUCUUUGCCCACUUGUGAACCAGGCUUGGUCUGUGUUAGAGAUGUCCCACAUCAGGAGCAAUUGUGUUUAUUUGGUGCUGGAAUAGUUGGGAAACCUAGCAUUACAUUAGGUGGCUGGAUUGAAUUGCCAGUUCACCAGCAGAUUGCUUUGAAUGCAAAAUUAUUUCUGGAAUUAGGAAACAUGUCCUCUCCCUGGCCAAUCUUACACUACUGGCUCCAGCAUACACAGGACUCGGGUGAUGGAUAGGCUGGCAUUUUUCUCAGAGAUGAAAUCUUUUGCCACAGGCACGACUGUGUGUUUUCCUGCUCUGCUAGGAGGAAGGACCACCUGCCUUGCAUCAGCACUUGCUUUAGAGCCUGGGGAAAGGAGAAAGCGAGGGCAAUUCUGAGCUUCCCAUCAGAAUUCCUCUGUCACAAGACAGAGCCUGAGCACUAACCCGAAGGACAGAUCCCCCAUCUGAAAUCUUCAUGUAGUGAGUUGAGUCUUUAAAAAGUCCUCUCCAUGAUUAGGACACUUACUUAAUUGUGGGGUUUCACUCUGUGCAGUGCAAGGCAUGGUGUCAUCCACAGCAUGAGCAAAAGAGCAGGCACGCAGGACUCCUGGGCUUUAUUAUUCACUAGCUGGCUGUGGGCAACCAUUAAAGCUGUGUUUUCCCCCCCUCCCUAAAACAGGGCACUGCCACCCUGGCUCCAGGCCACAGAAAGAGGACUGAGUGGUGCUGUUUACUGAGCAUCCCUGCCUCCUUGUGCAGAAGUGCUGGUUAACUUGCCAGCUCCUCUAGGAAGAGAGUAUUUCUCAAUUUAGUUCUGCUCCCCUUCUCAUUGCCUAGUAAUGCUGAGAGGGAAUAUUUCCAAAACGUUUCUAAAGAAGCACAAAGCAUCAGGUCCCCAAGUCUUUGCUCCUUCCUUUGUGUGUCUGCUUUCCUCUCCAUUGCUAGCUCAGAUGUGAGGUUAGCAACUUGACUGGAGUGAGAGGAAAGCUCUAACAACACUGUGUAGGGAGAAAAGAUAAAAGGGAAAAAGCAUUCCUUAAGGAGCCUUUUUAAAAAAAAAAUAUGGAAAAUGUAGUCAAAACCUAACAGAAACCCCAUGGUCAAGCCAAAUCCUAUAGGACAUGGCUGAGUCUCUUUAAAUAUUCACUCUUCUAAAGCAGUUCAGCAUUGGUACCAUGCAACAUCUUCAUUGCAUUUAUCCUCCUGGGUCAGUCUUUGUGCCUUCCAGCUGGCCUGCACACACUCAGCCUUUCCCACAGCCCUUGCUCAGGAGCUCGGAGCAUUUCAGCGUGCCUGUUAGAGCAACAAGGCAUCUGUUUACAUGGGUCAGCCUUGGGAAACUGCAGGUCCCACAGGUCUCCGUCAUGCUGCUAUCAUGUUCAAAGACAGAAUGAAGCUUGCUGAGAUGGUAUCUCCCAGGGCUAACACCUUCCCUCUGAAGGAUAGACCUUCCCUGAUAACCACUGCCCCAUGGCAUCAUAGCCAAGUCCUUUUAUUGCCCCUAUUGCUGUUUUUUACCUGCCAUGUGCCCUGAGGUAUUCCCCAACCCUGCAACCCUGCAACUGCCCUCAGCCCUUUGCAUUGUGUUGUAGCGUAUGAAGGCCCAGACUCAGGUUGUGGUGCAACCAGAGACACUUUAUUGCACAGAGAAGCUCAUAUUUAUAUCUCUGAGCCCGGAUACAAAUUCCAUCUGUAUGUACCACCAGGCUCAGGGCAGAAACCAUUCAUGCAGUUACAUAGCUAUAUAUCACUACAAGCAUGCAAACACCUCUUUGCUACUAGAUAACCAUGUUUAUUUUUCUUACUUCCCUUCACAAUACCCAGGUGUUCUCUCAUCUCCUGCCAGAUCAGACAUUCUCCAUCCUCCUCUCAUGCAUCUCUCUUCAGACAUUCUCUAUCCUUCUCUCCCACAUUGCUUGAUGUGUAUCUGCCUCCAGCACAACCCUUUAGGGUCCCUGGGAGGGAGGGAAAUUAAUUUAAAUGUUAACUACACUCAGUGCUUCCUCCAAAUACAGACAGAAGCUCAAGCCAAGUGUUUUUCACUGCACACAGGAGUUGUUGGUUGCACAAAUAGCUGUUUUGGCAUGACAGUACAGGCCAAUGCCAUGAAAUGGCAAUAUUUUGGGCUCUCCUCUCUAUACUUUGUGUUCAUAUAUUUUAAUAGGGGGAUAAAGUAGGGGAAUAAAGGGUGGGGAAAAGUAGUUACCUGUGUAGGGUCAUUAUCAGGAAGGCUGAAUGGAUUAAAGCAAUGCACAUGUGGCUAUCAGAAAAUUGAACACUAACUCUUCUGCACCACAGUCCCUUAAGCAGGUUAUGACCAUGGGGCAUGUUUGUUGGCUUGUUAUUGAAUAUGAUGGAUAGCCUGGCGGUAUGUAUUUACUGCAGAUUGGGCUGGCUCUCCCUAUCUGGUCUCAUGUUCAGACCUUUGCUUCAGCCAGGUUUUCCUUGUGCCCUCAUUGGAGAUUAUGCUGUGGUGACUUCCCAGGAAGAUGUAUAGCUAUGUGGCCAUUCUGGCACUGCUCUCCUUAAACCAGUCUCUGCUGCCAUGGGCCAGAGAAGGCAAAAGCAAAGAGCAUGGACCCUGACUCUCUGUCACAGCAUUAUAAAGCCCUAAAAUCUACAGAGACACUGGACACUCUCCUAUACUGCAGAUUGCUUGCAAUAAAGCAAAUUGUUCCUUGUUCCAGUCUUUGCAUCAAACCAGAUGAUCUUCUCAGGCCCCAUUUUCAGUCCUAAGUCAUACAGAAUACCAAACAGAGGAAUGCCAUGGAGUAUGAAAGGCUGCACCACUGUCCAUCUAAAUUACCAUACAAAUAGGAUAGCUUAUAUUUAUGCUGGUGCCUCCACAAAGGAAUUUGCAUUUGAUGCCUCCUAAAGCCAGACUGGCUUUUUGUUAGGAUUUUAUGUCAUUUUAGUCACCAAAUUACCUGACUUUAAGCAAAUUCUUUCCUUUUAUCAGAUGUUAAUUUUUCCCUUUAAUGUGAGCUGACUUUGGACUCCAGGGUCUUAGCACUCAACUCAGUCUCUACAGUCAGUCUGCAAACACCCUAUUUCCAGAGAUCUGUGUGAGGGGGACUAUCGAUACUCUCCUAGUGUUGAGGAAGGUCUCUAGAUAGGAUGGUCUAGUCUGCUUUUCUGGUGGUUGUUUGGUUCUUUUAUUCUGGUUCUUUGGCUGAAAGAAGGCUGAUGUCCAGGCAACCAUCCCAAAGGAUCAUUUGAUGUCUUAUCAGACACAUCUUGAAGCCAACCCUUGGCAGAGCCACUGGAUCAUAUCUGACAUUGCUGCAUGUCUAUCACCAACAUGUGCACUCGGCCAUUGGGCCUGCUAUUCUGUUCUGGCUGUCUUGCCUGCAGAUGCCUUGCAACUGCAAAAGCAGGUGUCCAAGCCUGAUGCAUGGAUUUUGAAAGGGACUUCAGGACACUGUGCUACCCCGUGGAUAGGAUGGACUCAGCUGCUUUUGGUUUGGCUCUCUGGCUCCUUUCUCAAAAGGAGGCACCCACUCUGCUCAGCUGUAUGCUGGCUGACACACUGAUCUGCAGUCCUGAGCAUAAUCCUUUCCUCUCCAUGCAGAGUCUGUCCUCAAGCUGGCCUGCAAGCUGUACAAAGGCAUGCAGGAGGCUUGAAAAGUACAGCGCACUGUAUGUGACUCAACAGAAACAUGAAGAUGCUUUUGAAGAAAGGAAGGACCUAGCUGGACACCAGAUGGAAUGACAGGAAAAGGAAAACAAGCAGUAACUAGAAAGGUUGCCAAGUGCUGUCUUGGCCUAGGGCAGAUCCCAGUUGUCUGAGUUAAUCUAUCUCAGUACAGUACUAAUACCAGCAGGGAGCAAAGCUCACUUUCAGAUGCACACACCAGAAACACUGUGUCCCUGAGCUGGCACCACAGCCAAAUACUACUGUGGAGAGUCUGCUGGACUGUUAGAACACAGAAAUGAGAUCUAGAAUCCCUUGCUGCUGUUGGCACAUACUACAGAUUUGCUCUAACCUCAGGCAAGUCACAUCUCCUCUUGAUGUAUGUUCCCUUCUGCAGCACAGGGAAGAAAACUGCCUUCCCAAGAUGCUACCAACACCUUGCAUGGAUGUUGCCAAGUGUGUGGCAGACACCACUGAGGAUAGCUCUGCAAGCAAGAUGCAAAAAGCACACUAUAGAAGUUUUAUGUGUAUUUUCAAAGUACUACAAAGAACAGCAACACAACUCUGCUUUCCCUCUGUUUACCACCUUCUGAUGUUGCUUGCAUGUGCCAGAAAGCUACAGGGUGGAGGUUAGUAGAGAGAUUAAACAGUUUUGGAGGCAGAUGUUUGGCAAGGAUGUGUUUCCCAGUUAUUUGGCAGCUGGCUCUUGCACAGCUGGCUUCUCAAUCUGCAUGCUGCCACAGAGAAUAUGUAAGAAGAUUUGGUGGACCAACAGCACCAUCCCCUGCUAGUGGAUUUAAGGAAGUUAAGAGUGCAACUGGGAUAGUGAGUGCUGAUGGGAGUGAAGAGAGCAUUGAAGGGUUCCUUUGGGAUAUUCCCACGGCAGUUUUGUGCUCUUACUUUUAGCAUCCAUGUAAUGAUCUGAGGGUAUAAACUGGCACUUUUGCCAGGGCUCUUCCUUUACCAUUCUCCCUUAGAGCUCACACGGGGUAUGGCCACUCUUACCUAGAAUGAAGCAGGCUUUGUUACCUGGCUGCUGCUUGGCUCAGCAAGCACAGGUUGCAUGUGCCACUCUAAAUAUACCCUGGCUUUGACUUCUACCACCCUUCAGAGCUGAGUCUUCACAUCACCCUCCUUCCUAUUUCUACUUCUCAUAUCUCAAAAGAAACAUCUGCAUAGAUGGGCAGUGCCACAGGGCAAGCUGGGCUAGGUUGAGCCUAAGGGGAAGUCAUGGGAAGGUGUUAAUUUUAAGGUGCUUUUCACCUCUAAGAGAACAUGGCAUCCUUGUCACUUCCUUUCAAGGCUUUCCUGUGUCAGGGAUUGCUCCAAACCUUGAACCACAUCUCAUCAGACAAACCCACCUCUGUUACAGAGCCACACAAGCCCUGAAGCAGAAGGGUCAGCAACUUAGCAUAGAGGAAGAGGUGACCUGGGAUUACCUACAGAAGAUUAAUGCCAGACUGCAUUAAAACCAGGUGCAGGUUUCUCACAGGGGCUGGCAUCUUUAUUUUAAGUCCCUGUAUUGUGCAACUGAGCUGCUGCAUUGCUUCCAAAAAAUUACAGCUACAUCCUCUCCUUUGGCCCCCUUGACAUUGGUGGCAAUCCCAGGAUCACAGCAGCUAAAUGCUGACUGAGCACUCCUCUGACAUCUUGCUGAGAAGGCAAAGGCCAAGGACUAAUUGAGAUUACAUGGAGCAAAGCACCAUGGCCCACACAACCAUGCAGCAAGGCACAUCACAGAGUGUCAUGGACACCAGCAGGACAGGUUGCAGCUUCCCCUGGUGCCUGCAGAGAGCAGCUUUUCCCAUUGCUUCCCAGACCCAGUUGCCAGCAGAAACUGGUGGUGGCUCCAAGCCUUUCUCUUUCUGUAAAAAGCUGCUCCAGCAAAAAAUGGAUUUGCUCCUGGAAGGAGCCCAUCUCACUGGUUGUGCCUGGUCUGUGGAGCCAUUCCAUAGUAACAAAUAGUGAUACAGGUGGUAAGAUUGCAUCAGGGAGUGGAAGGUACAAAAGAAGCCUCAUUAAAAUGUGACUGUCUCAGACAUGUCACUGGAAACCAGCACAGCAGGCACCAGGAAAAGGCCACCAAAAGGCCAUGCUGAGAUAAGUCCCAUUAUCUACUGAGAUGUUUGCCUUCCCAGAGCAGCAUUUCUCCCCUAGUUGCCCAUCCAGCUGCCCCAGAUGAGCUCACCAGGAAGAACUGCUCUCCAACUGGGCUGCCUUCUCCCUUCUGCACUGGUCCCAAAAGAGCUGUGACUCCUUUUGUUACCCACCUUCCUCAAACCUGCAUGAUUUGGGAGACAUGAAGUUUACUGGGAGAUGUAAUACAGACCCACAGAGAGAGCUGGAAAACUUGGACAAGCUCUCUUCACAACAGCCCUUCUUGUUUUUAUCACCUUCAUCUCCAUCCCCAGUUCACUGAUUUCUCUGCUCAGGUUUUUGCACAGAAAAGCUGGGAUAGCAGCUGUGUUCAGCUUGUAGCUGCCUCUGUCCUGAGACAAACCCAAGGCAAACAUCAGACCAGUGGGAGAUCCAACAACUGUGAUGGUGGGUGAGAAAGAGAGCAGGCUGGGAUUUCUCAUCAUGUGAAGGCAGUGGGUCUGAGGGUUAGCCAGGCUAGUGUAAAACCUUGGUGUGAUCCAGCAAGCUAAGCCAGCCACUUUCACCCUCCUGGGCUCAGCGCUGCGGGAGGUCUGGGACCCAAGCACCAGGUCCCAGGCUUGCCAGCCCAUGUGCAAAUAGACUGGAGACCUGCAGCAGAGGCACAAGUGGGAAGUCUGUUGGCUGUACCCUUGCUAUGCUGGGGCAGGGCACUGUUGAGAUGCUGUGGUAGGGCUGUAGUUGUGCAGGGAGAAAGACUCUUGCAGAGGAUGAAGUCUUUGCAGGGGAGAAAAUUCAGAAAGUGUUUUUUUCUCCCCCUUUUUGCACAUUUUUAACCAUUUUUACUCCUUCCACAGGGGUUAAUGAACCUUCAGUUUAAUAAAGAAGGAAACGAGCCACCAUUAAAUAGCUUUCUGAAGGGUUCUGAAAGCAGGCACCACUUGCAUGCAGAGCUGGUCUGUGCCUAACAUGCAACUUCCAGACCUCAUUGUACAUCCUGUAGUUGAGUCACCAUGUGUGCUGUGGGGACUGGGAUGGGAGAGUCAGCACUGACCAUCAUGUCAAACAGCCACAGAUUCCCAAACUGACGAAGAAUCAGGCCAGGAAAUGGGGAAAGCAGCAGUGACAAUAGAAGGAUGACUAGUUGUCACAGGUAAACUUCAGUAUCUAUGUCCAAUGGCUAGUUCUAGAAUCACAAGCCUUGUUAUAUUGCACACGUCCUCCUUCCACUCCUUUUCUCAAAGCAGAUAUCAUCUUCCCCCCCAUCCUCCCAUGCACUACUGAUGAGCAUCAGAGGUAUGCACCAAAGUUACUCUCAGCCCAGUUCUGCAUCCCUCUCUCCCACCUGAACUCAAGGCAGUCCAGACAGUUGAUGGCCAUCACAAGUCUUUAUUUUUAGUAACUCCGCUUGGGUUUCUUUCCUUGUGUACCAUAGCUUCCUCCCCGUGUACUCUAGCAGGGCAAAACAGGAAGCUCCAACCAUGUCCCAAGAAGCUUUUUCGGCCCCUGGCAGCACCUUGCAGACGUACACCUCACUGGGAAUGUACUGGGUCAAUGUUGGUGAGAUCUGGCGCUGCUGAUCUUGCGUAGGUGGCAGCUGAUGGGGAUCCACCAGGAGAAACUGGCAGGAAGUGGCUACUGUCCCUUUUUUUUUUUUUUUUUUUUUUUGAGGGAGAGGGGGAUUUUUUUUGGCAUUAUGAUUAUUGUCCACCUUCCAGUGGCCAAGUUCUGGGCUGCAUUAAUAACUGGGUUUAAUUGGCUGUCUGGGCAGAUAUGGAGCUUCACACCAACCUUAAUAGCAAACACCACGGCUGUAUCCAGAGCCUGGAUACAAGCUGGGUUUGGAGAAGCCUGGCAAAGUGCUUUCAGCAGGCUCCAGGUAGCCGUUUCUGGCAGACAGGGAAAUAGUACUCCUCAGAGUCCGGAUCAAAUCUGCACUUCCAUUUCGUGUCCUUAGCUUGGAAAAAAAUCAACCCAAGCAAACGCUUCCCAGGUCUCAUUUCCCCAUGUGGUGCCUGGUGCCCCAGGGGAGGAGAUGGCAGGAGACAUUUGGGGGUCACUGAAGGUAAGAUCCUUUUUGGAUGUAUUUAAUGGAAAUAUCUUUCAGGAGGAGAAGUCUCCUGACCUUUGUGUUAAUCUCAGAGCAGGAGAUGAAUUUCCAGCUGUCCUUGCAUAUAGUGAAACAUAGCUGAAACAGCCAAAUGCAAAGUACAGUUAAAUGUAGGGUUUGACCUGAAUAACCUUUUAAUUAGGAAGAUGAAUUUGUUGUAGCUUGACUUUAGUCCAUGUUAGGAACCUGCUAAUCAUUUGACAUGCAGAGUGUAUUAAUGCUCCACUUGGCCAUUGGUUUUAUUAUCUGGGUUUGGGAGUUUUUUCACUCCUGAAGCAUCAGUCUGCAUCUUGUAUGGUUUUUUUUUUCUUUUUUCCUGUUCAGAACAUGUAGCACACUGUUGUACUACUGUUCCUAUCUGUGCAGAGUAUUGCCUUAAACAGAUCAGUUGUGUUGUGGUUUGGUUUGGGUUGUCUUUUUUCUACCAUCAGUUUUAUGCAUUAAUUUAUUUUAAAAUGUGGGGUUUUUUGAAAAACAUGAAAUGUAUAAUAGUUUUUUUUAACAUUUCCAUUGCAGUAUUUAUCAUUGUUACUGUCUGUGUGUAGUGUAACAGAAUUAAUAUUAAACAGCAUACAUAU